UGUGAUCCACAAAGUGCCUUUCUGGUUUUUUUUGCGGAAAAAUUCAUUCGAUUUCAUCAUAAUUUUUUUCCAACCAGAAUUUAUCAAUCCUAUCCUUUUUAUUAUAGAUUGUUUGUUUACCAUUUUUUUUACGAAAUGAUAAACUGAAUGUUUUUUUGCGAGUGAUUGUUAGGCAAUUUUUUUUUAUUAUUCUCAUUGAUUAGUUUUUGGUGUGCGACAUUCAUCGAAAUGAAUACCUUUUUCGGUAACACUGUCAAACAUCCGGCAUCGACCAUUAGAUUGAUUACAUUAUCGUUAAAUGGUGCACAUCCAUGUGGUAGCCAUACGCCUCGGAUAUGGCCACAUUCAUGUUUCAAUGCUCGAUAUAUGACAAAUAAUAAUCGUCAAAAUAAAGGAUUUUUGGGACAAAUAUUCGAUAAUCUAAAAGAAGAAUUAGAUAAAAGUAAAGAAAUGAAAGAAAAUUUACGAAAAUUUCGUGAAGAAGCACAAAAACUUGAAGAUUCAGAAGCGUUGAAAAAAGCAAGAAAAAAAUUUCAAAACAUUGAAGCAGAAACUAGUAAAGGUUCAAAACAAAUUAUUGAACAAAUCGAUACGAUAAAACAAAAACUAAGUAAAGGUUUAGAAGAUGCAAGUAAAACCGAUAUUGGUAAAAAAGGUAAAGAAGCGGCAGAAGAAUUGUCGAAACAAGCGAAAAAAGCUGCCGAACAAAUUGAACAGAUUUCCAAAAGUGAUGCUUUCCAAACCGUAUCGAAAACAGUGCAAACAGUGAAAGAAGAAAUUGGUGAAACACCAUUAUCAACGGCACGAUUUUAUCAGCCACCGGAUAAACUUCGUAAACGAAAAGAAUACUCUGAUCAAUUUGUAUCAUCACGACCUAUACAGCCUAAUGAAGAAGCAACCGGUGUUGAAUUACAUAAAGAUUCAAAAUGGUUUUCAAGUUGGCAAAAUUUUAAAGAUAAUAAUCCAUAUGUGAAUAAAAUAUUUGAAAUGAAAACCAAACUGGAUGAAAGUGAUAAUCCAUUGGUUCGUGCAUCACGUUUAGUUACCGAUAAGAUGACAGAAUUGUUUGGCGGAAUGUUUACAAAAACUGAAUUAUCCGAAGUAUUGACCGAAAUUUGUAAAGUGGAUCCGAAUUUUGAUCGACAACAAUUUAUCAAAGAAUGUGAAACUGAUAUCAUACCGAAUAUAUUGGAAGCCAUACUUCGUGGUGAUCUUGAAGUGCUCAAUGAUUGGUGUUAUGAAGGUGUAUACAAUGUAUUGGUGACACCAAUCAAACAAGCACAAACAAUGGGCUAUCAUUUUGAAUCCAAAGUAAUUGAUUUAACAAACUUGGAAUUAGAAAUGGGCAAAAUGAUGGAACAAGGACCCGUAUUGAUUAUAACAUUUCAAACACAACAAAUUAUGUGUGUAAAAGAUUCAAAAGGAAAAGUAGUGGAAGGUGAUCCGGAGAAAAUUAUUCGUGUACAUUAUGUUUGGGUACUAUGCCGGGAUCAAAAUGAAUUGGAUCCAAAAGCAGCAUGGAGAUUAUUGGAUCUUUCAGCCAAUAGUGCUGAACAAUGGUUAUGAAACAAAUGUGGAUGUGAUUCCUUCAUUUUAUAUAAAAUUUUUAAAAUAAUUUUUCUGUAAAUAUUCCAUUUUUUGUUUGUUCAACAAA